CAGCUCUGCCCCCGGGGAUGCCCUGCCUGCCUGCCUGCCUGCCGGGGAAGAAAUCUGCAUGACCUAUACUCCCGUUCAGAAUAUCCACCCCUGCUCGCCCCUGAGCCUCUGUGUGUGUGUGUGUGUGUGGGUGUGUGUUUCACCUGACAUGCUGGAGCUCCUGGCUUACCUCAACGGCCCCGAGCCCGUGGCCCGGUUCCAGAGACGCUGCGGACUCUUCCUCGUGGAAGCCGCGGGGAGGACGCGCGCUCCGGCCCACGCCGACAACAAACCAUGUGGGCAGGUGCAGGGAACAGGGGACCACCAGGACAACAACUCCGGAUACAAAUACAUGGUGAACGGAUGUGGCGUUGGCGGCUGCAGCAGGCCUCAGUACGAGGUGAGGAACUGGCUGCUGCACGUCCUAUUCCUGUUCUCAUCAGCCCUGGGUCAUGAAAUCUUCUACAUCACCUGUCUGCCCUGCAUACACUGGAACCUGGACCCAUUCCUCUGCCGACGCCUCAUCAACAUUUGGACUUUGGUGAUGUAUGUCGGCCAGGUGAUGAAGGAUGUGCUGAAGCUGCCUCGCCCUCCUUCACCCCCUGUGGUUAAGCUGGAGACGCGUGUUGACGCAGAGUACGGGCUGCCCUCCACUCACGCCAUGGCUGCCACUUCCAUCUCCUUUACCAUUUUACUGAGCGCCCCAGCAAGGCUACAGUUCCAGUUCGAGGUGGGUCUGCUGAUCGCAGUGACGCUGUCGUGCCUGGUGUGUCUGAGCCGCCUCUAUACUGGCAUGCACUCAGUUUUGGAUGUGAUCUGUGGCGCUUUAAUCUCUGCCCUCCUCAUGCUUUUCACCUAUCCUUACUGGGAAACCUUCGACCACUUUCAACUCACCAGCCGCAUCUCCCCCAUCGUGGCGUUGGCACUGCCCCUCUUCCUCAGCUACACAUACCCAGAGCUGGACCACUACAGCACCACGCGCGGAGACACCACCACCAUCCUCGGUGUCGCGGCUGGAAGCUCAGUGGGAUACUGGGUGAAUGAGCAGCUCGGGCAGACUUUUGAGCCCCAGGGCGUGUUACCUGUACCUCUACCCACACUGACAGCUCAUGGACUGGCAGUGAGCGUGGCCCGCUGCCUGUUAGGAAUCGUGGCACUUGUGGGAACACGGCAGAUAGUGAAAGCACUGAGUCUGCGGGUGUUAUAUUCAUGGUACAGAGUGCCAAGAAGCGAUGAAAGUGCCAGGAGGAGGAGAGAAAUUGAAGUGCCAUAUAAGUUUGCCACAUAUACGUUUGUUGGACUUGUUCAUUGUAUAUUGGUCAAUAGAGCCUUCCUUCUGCUGGGGCUGUUUUGACCUGCUCACUGGAGACUGACAAUGCUCUGAAUUUGCAAAUGACAAAAAUGUACCUCAUAUUUAUUUGAAUGUGUAUCAGAUGAUCUUUUUUUUUUUUUUUACAUGGUAAAAAUUUCAGAAACGUGGUGCCUGUGACUGACCUGUAACUGAGCUGAAAGCAAAUAA